GUAUAGUGUACAAAGAAUAGAAACCACCAUAUAUAUAUGCUCCCAAAGCAUAGUAUGCUUCAGGUAUUCCUAGUGAGAUAUAUUUAUCUAGACAAUGAAUUAAACCGAGUUUGGGGCAUAAUACUAUACCCUAACCUCUAAUGGAUAAGCCCUAGGCAUUGAUUCUCUAUACCCCAACCCAAAUUUCAAUUUAAAAGAAAACAACAAUUGACAUUUGAGAUUGGUCGGAGCUCAUCGAAAUACGUACAUCUAACCGCCAGAUCAUCUGAAGCAUACGAGUCGUCCCCACAUACACACACGCGCGCGCGCACACACACAUAGCAUAUGGUUCAGGCUAGCUUACGUCAGACGUACAUUGUACGCCCUUCGAAUUUUACUAUUUAGAGCACAAAUUAACCGGAGUUUGUGGUAUGAUAUUAUACUCUAACCUCUAAUGGGUGAACUCCAGUCUCUGAUUCUCUAACCCAAGCCACAGGAUUCAUUUAAUCUAAAAAAAUAUUAACCGACAGAUCUUAUUUAACAAAAGAUAUAUUGAAGUGCAUAAAUUAAGUGUGAAUACAGGCGUUGUUUUCUUAGAUUUACACAUGGUUGUUUUCUUAGAUGUAUCUUUCAACAUUAUAGAUUAUUGGGUUAUAUACAAUAUAAGAAGUGCAUUUCUUAGAUGUAUCUUUCAACAUUAUAAAUUAUUGGGUUAUGUACGAUAUAAGAAGUGCAUUAUUAGCGCAUCUUUUGUUUCCUACGGAACUACUUGCACUUUUAUCUAACUACAAAUAUUUGUGGGAGUUGGUAUUUGAAACUGACAUCGUUUGUUACUUAUUACUUAAUUCAAUACAUGGCUGAUUACAUAUGAGAUAUCUAGAAAGUAGAAACUACUACACUUACGUAGAAAAAUCGAAUUUAUUUAUAAGAGUGAUAUAAAAUUAUCAUUAUUAGGUCUUGUUUAACAAAUUUGGCCCCAAAGCGAGUCAGGUCAAGUAUAUCGAUAGAGCGGGGCGAGGCAAAUUUCUCGUACUUUCUCAGAUGAAGCUUACCCCCAUCGUCUCACUGGCUGACUUGAUUCACUUGGAUGUUGCGCCAUCGAACAAACCACAUCUUUCGUGGAGCUGCAUUCAAUUCGACGUCACGGGGCUUCCCCCAGCAGUUUUAUACCUCCGGGAACACCAAUCUCCCUUGAUUGAAUUCGAACCUGCUGAGAUCUACAAUUUUCAAACUUUCACUGUCGCGGCAGCUUACCGGUAGACUAUCUUACCUUUGGUAAUAAUAAUUUCACAUUGAAUUAAUGACGAAGAACUUGAUGUCAAAGAUCCGAAAAAUCUUCUGAUGGUAAAAAUGAUCACCACGAAUUACCUUGUGCCACCAGCUCGACGGCAGCUAGGGUUCUCGAGUUGGUUCUACCGAGAAUUCCCGCGCUCCGCAGAUGUAUCGUAGCAGAGAAAGCUUUCGCUACUACUCUCGGCACCACCGACAGAGCAAACACGAUUAUGAGUUUGCAAUGUCGGGUACUAGUUUGCUUGAAGAAGAAUCGGAAGGAAUCGGUGGAUUAUUGGGAUUCGAAUUCUGGGUUUUACUCAAUCCAAAUUGAGUAAUGUAUACAAAUACCUCAUAAGAAAACAACUUGGAAUUUUCAAUGAGGUUUUUGACACAAAUUCCUUAUUUCAUAAUUCCCAAGAGCAUUCAUUGAAAUUAUGUGAAUAAUAAGAAUAGUUGUUGCCCUUCCCAUGCAUUGUUUUCUAACGUAGUUUGGGUUUUUAAUAAAUUGAUGUCAUCAUCAAUAAAAAAGGAUUAUGAGAAUAAAUAAUACGAUGCCAAAACGUCAUGAAACUUUGCUAGAUUUUCAUAAAGGCAUCAUUAUUGAUCUUAAACUAUUUUAACCUGGUCGUUUUCUUAGAUGCAUCUUUCAACAUUAUAAUUUAUUGGUUUAAAUACCAUAUAAGAAGUGCAUUAUUAGCCUCUUUUUUUUUUUUGGCUAAUAUUAUUAGCCAAUCUUUGUUUCCUAGGGAACUACUUGCACAUUUACCUAGUUAUGUGUAUAUAUAUAUAUAUUGAUCUACCCUUCAUUACUUCUACAGUUCUACUAUCUAAUGGUUCACAUUAAUUCAGAAAAAAAGAAAAGCAGGAAUGGAUAGGUAAUUUUGCCACCCCUCGGUGAUUUUUUUUUGACAGUCUGACACGGAUCCGGAGAGAGAAUGCAUUUUUUUUUUAAAAAUUUAUCUGUUUUAACUCAGAAUUCACAAAAUUUGCAUAGUAUAAAACGGUAGAGACCGUUCGACCUAACUUUAAUCCAAUAGACAUUUGUUUAUAGUAUAAAACUAUUGAAUCAUUAUUAAACCACAUUUGCAUCACAAAAUAUCAUACUAAUGACUUUUCGGUACAAUCACUUAUCUGAUUUCGGACAAUAUUUACCUUCAAACCAGGUUGCAGGGGGUUCCUGCAGGCUGUCCAAGUGGAAUUCCUCUAUUGGUUCCUUUCUUUCAUUUUAAUAAUUCUAAAUUAAUAUCAAACGUAACAUCUAACGGGAAAAGGUUAACGGUGCUGCUUGUGGGUCCUAUACUCCUAUUGAAUAUGUAUCUUUCCUUUUCUCUCUCGGGUAGACUAGGAAGAAUAAAUUAAUUUUGUUCUUUUGUUUAACAAAAGAAUAACUUGCAUCCUGUUCCAUGGAGCUUAAUUGAUUGCUAACUUUAUGACAAUGAUUUAGGAAACUCAAACCAUUAUUUUGCAAAAUUAUAAACAUGUAAUCAAACACGGUAAAAAAAUGUAAUUUAUCUCUCACAUAAAGAAUUAGUCCAUAGAAAAAAAUGCAACACAAGUAUGAUCUAUUCCAACAAAUUUAUGAGAUAAAAACUCAUAUAUUAUGUUGGAUGAAACAUGAAAAAAAUGACCCUUGCAAUCACUAAUAAUUGUUAAGAGAUCAAGACAAUUCACACAGACACCCAAUCAUUACCCUCGUACCAUUUUUUUGUAUAUUUUUAAUGACAAACUUAAAGCUAUGUUAUAUUGGUUGACAUGAUUAACGAAACUGAUUAAACUUUAGUUUGGUUAAUUUGGUUUUGGUAUUAGUUUGAUCUAUUUGUUAAGAUAUUGUAUUCCAUGCAAUGGAGGAUACAAAAUUUUAUAUAGGGGUAUCCUUUUCAAAAUUUAAAAUGAUAAUAAAAUUAUUAAAUAAUA